GCUGUGCUGUCAGUAGCUGGAAGCUACCUCUGACAGUCCCCAGAAGAGACUUUGGAGCAGGACAGACUAGAAUGGAAUUCAGUUCAGUUCAACAAACAUUAAAUACCUUUAAAUUCUAGGCUGUGUGCUAAGUGGUGGUGGGGAAUAGGACAAAAAACAACCAAGCCUUGCCUUCAAGUCGGCCAUGCCUUCCUGGGGACGCACAGAUAAGUAAAUACAAAAUAAUUUCAGGAGGGAGACUGCACCUAACAAUUGGGAGUCAGGAAAGGCCUUGUGUGAGCUGUACCUUGAAGCUAGAGCUUCUCUGAAGCAACGAUGAGGACAUGGUGCAUUUCCAACAUCUGGGACUUACUGGGCAAGUGCUCAGAGAUGGGGGGGGAACAGCUAGCAGCCUGGUUUGGGGUAACAUGACAUGACAUGAUUGGAAAGGUAAGUGAGAGCUGUACUGUGGAGGUCUUUUAAAAAGCCAAAAUGAAGAUUAUAUGGUUUAUCCUAGAGGUGAUAGAGGCCUCAACAUAGGCCAGUUUGUGUUUUAGGGAUAUUAGUUUGGCAGCAGUGUGGAGAAUGUACUAGAGAGAGUGAAGUCUUGGAGCAGAGAGAUCGGUUGGAAUGCCCUAGAAAAGGAGACGUGAGAAUGGGGGAGAAGGGGUCGGGGAGAGCUGGACGCGUUUUGGGGCAGGGCUGGAAGGGCUGGAAGAGACUGCAGUCGAGGCUCAAGAGCUACAAGUGGAGGGGUUUGUUUUGACAAACCGAAGAGCCAUGUCUCCAGCUAGCAAAGGAGAGCAUGGCGGGUGUUGAAUUUUGAGAUGGAGUCAAAGGAGAAGAGGGCGUACUUAAUUUGUUAGCAAAGUAGAAGAGGAGCACUCCUCCGAGGCGGGGGAAGAGGGAACGGAGGAGAGAAUGCGGCCGGAAGCACGUUCCUGCUAGGAAAGAGUUUUCCGGUUGCUUGAGGGAGUCUCCAAGGCAACCUUUUUUUCGGUCAAUCUCAGCUUGGUCCCUCGCGCGAAGCCUGUUGGGGGAUGUAGUCCUUGCUGCAAAGGCCACAAUGCUCCGCGGUGGAUGCGGCGGGGCUUCGGUCAGGAGGAUCUGAGCACUACCCGGUGCCUGAGCAAGCCCAGGGCUUCGGCUCCCGCAGCCCUCGGAGGGUUCGCUCUUCAUGGGGCUGGAACGGUGGCGGUGGCGGUGGCUCGGGAUGCGGUUCCUGUUCCUGGUGCUGGUAGCCUUCGCUUUCCUCGAGAGUGGGACCCCUGCCAGCGGGGGCUGGGAGCUGAGUGGACACCCGGCCCUAGAAGAAGAGGAGCAGUGUACUGUAGACCGAAGAGCAAACCUGACUUACGCGGAGUUCAUUCACCAAUACGCCUUUUCUAAACCUGUCAUUCUACAAAGACUCACCAACAACUCACUAUUCCAGGAUCUGUGCUCCAAAGAGAAGCUACUGGCAGAAUUUGGGGACUUCAGGAUUCGGCUGAGUACAGCUAACACAUUUUCUUAUCAGAAAGUAGACCUCUCUUUCCACGACUAUGUUGAACAGCUGCUACAGCCUCAAGACCCAAACUCUCUAGGGAAUGACACACUCUAUUUCUUUGGGGACAAUAACUUCACUGAGUGGGGUGGACUAUUCCAACACUACUCCCCACCUCCCUUUCGUCUCUUGGGCACUACUGCAGCCUACAGCUUUGGAAUUGCAGGUGCUGGCUCUGGAGUACCCUUCCACUGGCACGGGCCAGGCUAUUCUGAGGUGAUCUUUGGACGAAAGCGCUGGUUCCUGUAUCCUCCAGAGAAGACGCCUGAUUUUCAUCCCAACAAAACAACUUUGGCCUGGCUACGGGACACAUACCCAGCGCUCCCAAUCACUGAACGGCCCCUACAGUGUACUGUCCAGGCUGGUGAGGUGCUGUACUUCCCUGACCGUUGGUGGCAUGCCACCCUGAACCUGGACACCAGUGUCUUCAUUUCCACAUUUCUGGGCUAGAGGCAAAAGCAUCCUGCAGGGUGAGGCCAACUUGUUGCCACCCUCUGACUCCGAGUGCUGUUAAUUUAUUGCCACAAUUUCCCUACAAUGAAGUAAAGAUGCUGGCUCUGCUGC